GUAUCUCCCCCUCCCCUCCCCAGGAGGCUGGCUGGCGUCUCGUUUCGGCGGCCGUCGUGUGUGGGGAGUGUGCAUGUUUGUGAGCGCUGUCUGCACACUGCUCACCCCUGUCGCUGUGAGGACUCACAUUUACAUCGCUUAUGGCUUGAGGUUUCUUUUGGGGUUUGUUUCGGGUGUCAACUUCCCGUGUAUUCAGGCUAUAUUUGGAAGAUGGGUGCCGCCAUUAGAGAGAAGUAUAAUGAACGCUAUAGCUUCAUCAGGUAUGCUCUUGGGCAACAUCUUCACGUUCUCUAUAUCCGGAGUUUUGUGUAAACAUGGCUUUGACAAUGGCUGGGGCUCCAUAUUUUACCUGUCAGGUGUGAUGUUCCUGCUGUGGGUGGUGGCCUGGUUUCCUGUGACGUCAGACACUCCUGCCCAACACAAGAGAGUCAGCGCCGGGGAGCGGAAGUAUAUUGAGGGGAGCAUUGGGAGGAGCUCUGUAGCUAAGGUGUCCGACGUGCCCUGGGUGAGCAUCAUCAGGUCGGGCCCGCUGUGGGCCAUCAUCGUGAGUCACUUCUGCGGUAACUGGCUCACCUACACACUGCUCACGUCUCUGCCCACCUUCAUGAAGGAGAGCCUCCGGUUCGACGUCAGUCAGAACGGUGCCCUGUCCUCCGCGCCCUACCUGACCCAGCUGGUGACGUCACUGAUGUCUGGGGUGGCGGGCGACAAGUUGAGGCAGCGACGUGUCAUGUCCACUACAGCCGUGAGGAAAACUUUCCAGCUCGCCGCAUUCUGGGGCUCCGCUGUGUGCAUCGUGCUAGCUGGCCAGAUGACGUGUGAUCAGAGGUACUGGGCAGUGGUGUUGCUCUGUCUGUGUGUGGGAUUCAUGGGCCUGACUAUCUCUGGCUUCACUGUGAACCAUUUGGACCUGGCGCCGGCCUACGCCGGUAUCCUGUUCGGCAUCACCAACACUAUGGGCACCGUGCCUGGGAUGAUCGCGCCACUCGUGGCUGGAGCUAUGACGCCCAACAGAAGCGCUGAGGAGUGGCGAUCUGUGUUCUACGUGUGUGGGGCGGUGGCGGGAGUUGGCGGGAUUAUCUACGUCAUCCUGGCAGACGGGGAGCUGCAGGAGUGGGCGGUACCGCCAGACGUCAGUGGGAACAUGGAGAUGACGUUUCCAGCAGACGAGAAGGAGGACGAUAGCUUGAUGGAGAAAUCCGAGAGCUACAUUCAAGAUGGCGGUGAAUGUGAUGUCGUCAUAAAAAGUGGAAACGAGAAAUGACGAAGUGCACCACUCAAUGUAAUAUUUAGUGGUUUAGCUUUCAUAAGAGGUUUACCGCUCUUGCAACACAAAAAGGUCAUAAUAUAAGUGCCGAAGAGUAGAAGCGUUACAUGAAAGUAACAAACACGAAAAGGAGGGAGAUAAGGACGAACGAUGAUAAUAAUAGAACGGCUGGUGUGAUGCUAUGACUCUUUAAUUGAUGCAAUCACAUGACUUUCGAUGCUAAAGCACAGAUUUCGGUGAUAAGCAUGAUUCGCUAUCUUAGAAUUGCAAAGUUCUUUCUUACAUUUUUGGCCAUUUUGAGUUACUAAGACAAUGAUGUCAGAAAA